CGGAACACAUCACGUGCCAUUGUUUAGAGCAGGAAACUGUCGGUUACGUUGUGAACUGUACGCAGCAGCUGCUGGGACACCGUCUCACUCAUUGAUGUGUCUUUGGCUUUACUCUGUCCAGCAUGACUGUGGGAAGGGCUGCUUCUCCAGUUGAAAGGGAAUUUAAUUACCAGUAUGCGUAGAAGCGGAAUAAAUAAAUCCGACACGCAUCCAGCUGCUGCCGCUAGCUCGCGAGGUAACGUAAGCUAGCCGCCGUAGCUCACCAGCCUGUGGGGAACGAGCUAACCGUGGCUAGCCAGUCGCUCUCUGGCUAGCUACAGUUAACCUCCAAGACGUGGAAGUUGAUAAUUGCCUGUACCUGGCUGCCGAGCCAGCUUGUUACCGGUUUUGUGUAACGUAAAAGGGACAACAUGGAGCUGUUCCAAGCCAAAGACGAGUACAUUCUUCAGAGCGGAGACCGUGCUCUAUGGUGCAGCCGAAAAGACGGGACCAUGACCGUCAGACCUGCUACAGACCUGUUGUUAGCUUGGAAUCCAGUGUGUUUGGGUUUGGUAGAAGGUGUCAUCGGAAAGAUACAGCUUCACACAGACCUUCCUCUGGGCCUUGUAUUAAUCCGUCAGAAAGCACUGGUAGGCAAUCUACCAGGCAACCACAAAGUCUACAAGAUUACCAAGAUAGCUGUCAUUCCUCUGUCUGAUGAAGAGCCUCAGGAGCUUGAGCUGGAGCUUUGCAAAAAGCAUCACUUUGGAAUCGACAAACCCGAGAAACUGGCCCAGUCUCCCGACGACUCAAAGUUCUUGAUGAAAACCUUCAGCCAGAUCAAAUCUAAUGUAGCUGUGCCGAUCAAGAAAAAGUAUUCCCCUGCCUUCCAGGUCAAAGAAAACAAAGAGAAGGAGCGUCUGGAGAGGCGGCUGCUGGAUGAGCUGUACAAGAUAUUCAUGGACUCAGAUUCCUUCUACUACAGCAUGACCUACGACCUGACAAACAGUGUGCAACGCCAGGGAGACUCGGAUAAAUCCGGCUUACCCCUGUGGAAGCAGGUGGAUGACCGUUUCUUCUGGAACAAACACAUGAUCCAAGACCUUAUUGACCUUCAGGUGCCAGAGGUGGACUUCUGGGUGACACCAGUCAUCCAGGGCUUUGUACAGGUGGAGGAACUGGUGGUGAAUUACAACGAGUCAUCUGAUGACGAGAGGAGCAGCCCUGAGACUCCACCACAGGAGAUCACCUGCGUUGAUGACAUACAUCCUCGGUUCACUGUGGCCCUGAUCUCCAGACGUAGCCGUCACCGUGCAGGGAUGCGGUACAAACGCAGAGGAGUGGAUACCGAUGGCCAUGUGGCUAACUAUGUGGAGACAGAGCAGUUGAUCCACGUGCACAGCCACACUCUAUCCUUUGUGCAGACUCGUGGCUCUGUGCCUGUCUUCUGGAGCCAGGCAGGGUACCGCUACAAUCCCCGGCCACGCUUAGAGAAAGAGGAGAAAGAAACAAUGUCUUACUUUUCUGCUCACUUUGAGGAACAGCUUAAACUCUACAAGACCCAGGUCAUCAUUAACUUAGUGGAUCAAAGUGGACGGGAGAAGAUAAUUGGCGACGCAUAUCUGAGACAAGUCCUGCUUUACAACAACCCAAACCUCACAUACGUUUCAUUUGACUUUCACGAGCACUGCCGAGGUAUGAAGUUUGAGAAUGUGCAAAUACUGACAGAUGCUAUCUCUGAUAUCAUCACUGACAUGAAGUGGGCCUGGGUGGAUCAGGCCGGAGUCAUAUGCAAGCAGGAGGGCAUCUUUAGAGUCAACUGUAUGGACUGUCUUGACAGGACCAACGUGGUCCAGGCUGCUAUUGCGCGGGUGGUGAUGGAACAACAGCUGAAGAAACUGGGCGUGAUGCCUCCAGAGCAGCCUCUGCCUCUCAAAUGCUACAGGAUUUAUCAGAUCAUGUGGGCCAACAACGGAGACACCAUCAGCAGACAGUAUGCUGGCACAGCAGCGCUCAAGGGAGAUUUCACCAGGACGGGGGAGAGGAAACUGGCUGGUGUGAUGAAGGAUGGUGUGAACUCAGCCAACCGCUACUAUCUGAACCGCUUUAGGGAUGCUUACAGACAAGCGGUCAUUGACCUAAUGAUGGGCCUGCCAGUGACAGAGGACCUGUACUCCAUUUUCAGUAAGGAGAAGGAGCAUGAAGAGAAGGAGAAAGAGAGCCAGAGGGGAGCGCAGGAGCAGGUUAGCCUCCUGCUGCAGACAUACAUGCAGCUUCUGCUGCCUGAUGAUGAGAAGUUUCAUGGAGGGUGGGCCCUCAUCAAUUGUGACAUGAGCCUUGUUGAUGCAACCAACAAAGACGUGGAUGUGCUGCUGCUUCUGUCUGACAAAGCCUAUUACAUUGCUUACUAUGAUGACGAAGCAGAUAAAGUCAACCAGUACCAGCGCCUCAAUUUGGAGGGUUUGGAAAAGAUCGAAAUUGGUCCCGAGCCUACACUGUUUGGGAAGCCAAAGUUCUGCUGUAUGCGUUUGCACUACAGGAGCGAAGAGACGAGUGGAUACUUUCACACGCUGAGAGCAGCAACACGAAAUCCUGAGGAUGACGGAAAAGACACAUUACAAUGCAUAGCUGAGAUGCUUCGCAUAACUAAACAGGCCACAGGACUGGACCUAGUUGUGGUUGAAAAGAGGCUGGAGAGGCGGCAGAGUAAACCUCAUGAGGAUAUAAUGGGCAUCCAGAACAGACCUGCUGACCAGGUCCAGGGUAGUUCUGGUCUGGCACAGGGCAAAAGCUUCCUCCUCAACAAAUUCUCCUCCCUCAAUCAGAAAGUCAAACAGACCAAGACGAACGUGAACAUUGGCCCCUUCAAGCCACUUGGGAGGCUGGGCAACUUCUCGAAGCCUGAUGUAAAAGUCAAUUUCCUAAAGCCAACUAUGCAUGUCAACCUGUGGAAGUCAGACAGCAGCUUGGAGACAUCAGAUAACCCUGGCACAGGAGCCCUAAAAGAUAUCGGUGACGGGCACUCUGAAAUCUCUGAUGAUUCUGACUCCUAUAAUUCUGACCCAGAGCACCCGUGUGCUGGUUCUUUAGAAAAUGUGGACUAUGUGCUGCCUAGCUGUGGCAUUGUAGCAUCAAACCCUCGACUGGGAAGUCGCUCACAGUCUAUUGGCAGUGUGGAGCUAAAUAUCCCCUCCGUUAUUCGGGUCACAGGCUGUGAUGGGAAGCAGGAAAGCCCAUCUCAAGUCAGUGAUGACAAGUCCCCAGGGGCUGCCUCAGUGGCUGAAGAAGCCAUUCUGAUUGACUUUGGUACUCCCAUUGAUGCCUACUGCCACCAAUUUGUCCACGAUGCGCAGACCAAACCUGUGGAGGUGUUUGGAGAGCUGCCACAAGCUGCUGUCCCCCCUCUCAACCCCGUGGUGCCUGUGCAAAAUAAGACCCCAGCAGACACAGACAAGCAGCCAAGCUCAGAGCACCAGCCUGAGCCCCAGCUCCCCAGGCCGUCCCAGCUAGAUGUCGACUCCACUACCUCCACUUCCAACCUUCUCACCGUCCAGAAGCCCAGCUCUGCCGCCUCAGGAGGCUCUCAGAGGAGUCUGGGUUCACAGCUGGAAGGGAGCCUCGGCCCGUCACCUGCCGACAGCAACGGCAGCAGAGUGGUGUCCCCCUUUGCCAAGAUCAAGAGCUCCAUGGUCCAGGUAGCCAGCCUCACCCAGGCGGGACUUACCCAGGGCAUCAACUUUGCUGUGGCAAAGGUACAGAAGAGCCCGGAGCCAGAUACUGUCAAUGAAGCCCAAGAGAGUGAGCUGAAGGCAAUGUUUACACAGUGCCAGACCAGGAUCAUUCAGAUCUAGUGCUUUCCUUGUAGCAGGAUUUUGUAGUCGUACGUCGUGUAAAAACUUCCUGUAUGGUAGCAGUAGCAAAAGCUUGCACAUAGCGUCACUACUUGGCCAAGAAAUACGCUCCUAAAUUUGCCCUUUAGUUAAACUUGCCCAUGUUAGUGAUGACUCUUGUACAGAACUUAGACAUAUAUAUUUAAGCCCAAUAUGACAGUGACCAUGUUUACAUGCACAUAAUUAUGGAUUCCCUUAUUCUCAAGAGAGCACCUACUGUCCGGUCCAGUUUUUUGACAUGAGGGACUUUUAGCAGAUAUGCCUUUUGCCAUGCAGCAUUGCACAGUGUCAGGUAUUUAAAAAUUAAUUGCUGUCAUAUUCCUUUACUAUAGAAAAUGCAAAAGGGGAGAUUCCAUGACAUUUCUGAUGUAAAUGUCUUAGAAUACCAGUACUGAGUACCUAGGCUGAGCACGAAAAUGGUAUAUGGUCAAUGUUUAUGUGUUUGGGGACUCUGUUACAAUACCCAUAUUCAGUACAGCACAGUACAUUUGAUUGAGAUAAGUGUAUGUCCAUUUAAAUUAUAAAUCACUCCACAAAUAUUGCUACUGUUAAAGUACAACUGCACGAUAUGCGAAACAAAUCAUACUGUGAGUAUUUUCACAGAUAUUGUUCUUGCAAUAUGAGUCACAAUUUUAGUGGGAAUGGUAAUUUUUGCAUUUCAUUUUUACAGAAAAAAUAUUUAAUGUGAUUUUUGCUGAGGUUUGUACAAAAGCAUGUUCCCUUGGGUCUGGAAAAUGAUUUGUAGGCCGAGGCAUCUCUGUAGCGCCACAGUGCUUCAUUUAUAAUGGCAUGUUGUGACACCUUUUACCUUUAUCAAAAAAAUUGCAGCACGUGUGAUACGGAUAUUGCACUUGGCCAUAUUGCGAUUUCGAUAAUAUUUUGAUUAAUUGCGCAGCCCUUGAAGUAAAUUGUUCUCUUUAAGUAGUUUUCUUAUCAAAGUCCAAGUAUAUUCUCAUUAUUAUUACCUUAAGUGUCAAAUGACAAUACAUGAGAGGGUGUUUAGGUUUUCAAGAUGUUUUAAACUCAUUUUUUUGUGCAUGUAAACAUGUCACUAUAAGUCUGACAUGUUACUUUACCUGCAGUGCUUGCAUGUGAGGUUAAUGGUAACUGAUUUUGACAUGGCAGGUAAACAUUAACUGUAUGUUGAAAGACCAACUUCGACUUUAUCAUAUACUGUACGUCACCCUGUAUGUGCAGGUCACGUAUUGGCAUUUGUGAUAUAGACCUCGUAAUAACCCUCAAUUUGUAACAGUUGUUGUAGAAUCCGACCAAAUACUUUUUUGUGAUUGCUGAAGAAGGACAGUUCUGUGUUAACUAUUACCCUUUGUAUAGCUGUGAGAAUCUAGCCAGACGACAUACUGUACGUAGCUAUCCUAUGUAAUAUCAAUGUUGUCAAGUGUAACUUAGAAGAUAUACUGUUAGAGAAAUAAUGACUACACAAGACCUUGGUAAGAGUUUCCUGGUUGUUGAUAUGUACAGUGAGUAUUGUAUGUUUAUCUGUUCCCUGAGUAGAGCCUUCCCUUGAGCUUUUUGUAUCGAUGGCAGGGUGGCAUGUUAAUACGUUCAAAGAGGUAUGAGCAUUAUAUUUUGAAAAUAAGGCCCAGUACCGUCAUUGCUAACCAGGAACAACCAGAAAACUACUGGUUGGAGUUGUUUUUGAUAGAGAAAUGUGAGUAAAAGCAACUAUUCUGCUAAUGGUUGCAUUAAUUAUCUGAGGGUUUGUUUGAACUGAGUCCUCGGCCAGCGUUGUGCAUUGACGUUGCAUGUUUGACAAAAACAGAAGAGUAGCAUAUAGUAGGUAUAUAUGCAAUUGCACCCAUCCAAUUAUUAGGACACACUGACGCUUUAUGCACUCCCCAAACUGAAAGCAUAUUUGCCUUAACAGGGAAUUGAAGUGGGAUUAUGUAUAUCAGGUAUUUAUGGCAAAAUCUACCUUUUUAAGUCCAUCCUUACAUGUUACAUUUGGUGUACUGUAUAAAAGAUCAUUAUCAGGGUUACUGUAUGUCAUCAAGCUUUAUCUUGGGAUAUUUCAUCCAGUGGCGCACAUACAUUCUCCAUGGAAACGAGCAGGUUUUGGAGAUGUAAGCAGAUUGUUGGGUGUAUGUACUGUACAGUUAUGAGUGCGUUUGUGUGUUCGAGCAUCCCUGCUGCUGCUGCUGCUGCUGCUGGUAUUUAGGAGUGCUCACCUCAGAGCCCUGGUUAUAUUUAUGUGCUAUGAAGCUGUAAACGUUGUUAUAUUAUACACAUUUUUCCGUUAACCUCCAGAAGUGAGGUUUUGUCUCAUGAGUCAUCCGUUACACUCUACAGUUGUUGUCAUUCAGUAAAAAAAUGUCCCACAUGACCUCCAGAGGAAAUUAUAAUGGCUUCUUUGUCACACUGCUUUGUAUAUGGGUGUCUGUUUAUGAUAAAUAAUAAUAAUCUGGUUUGCCUUGUGCUGAAAUAUCCCAAGAUCAACAGUCACAUGUUUCAUAUUUUGUGUUAUAUUUGCUUGUUUUCUGCAUUCAGCUUGCUCACCAGCAGAUAAGGAGUGGGAUACUUGUAUAUUGUGUCUGACUAUUCUUGUGUUAAGUGAGAUUGUAGCCUUGGCUGCUUUGUGGGUGCUACAUUAUAAAGUUAUUGAACCUGCUGAUAGUGUGUGGUACUGCCAAAGCUUUAAAGUAAUAGCUAUAAUGCAGAGUUUUAAUGCAGAGGGUAAAAGGUGGUUUUUUUUUUUGUUUAACUUCCCGCAGGAUUGCAAACACUGGAGCAGUUCUCAAGCAGAGCAGAAACUUUUUCUGUCCUAUUCUGGCUAUGUUAGGCUAAAGGAACAGUCAUCCUCAACAUUCCUGAUAGAGACCACAAUGCUAGAGUAUCUGGUUUUUAUAUGCAAAAGCUGGCAGUUAACAUUUGAUCCUGUAUUUGCUGGGUGAGAUUUUUCUCUUUUCCUUUAGUUUUCACACCAAGUGCUUUUGCAACCACCUCCUCAUUUGUCGUCAGUGGUUGUCCUCUCCUCCUAUUAGGACCAUGACAAGUUAUCAUGUGACUCGAGGACUUAAAGCAUUUGAUUUGCACUGUCUAAGCACAUUUUCCAGCAUUAGCACCGUUUCAUCUGAAUGUCUGUGGUCAUGUCUUUCCUCCUUACCAACUGACUGUCAUUGUUUUCCACGGUGUACUGAGAUUGUAUUGUAUAUUAAAGUAUCCUAUUUAUUCUUAUCCUCUUUGGGGCGUGUUACUUGAUAACAAAGUGCACUGUACACUUUUUGUCUAGGAAGAUAUUCCAUUGGAAUAAAAAAUAUGAGUGUACAAGUCUUGCAUGAGGUUUAUUGUCAAAUCCAUUAACAGGAAGUCUCCAUGCCAGCAUAUUAAACAGUUUGCUCUUUAUAUGCUGGUUAGCUGAAUGUAAACUGGCUCAAGAAGAAAAAGCAUUACAAGAAAUAUUAUCUGCAACUUAGUUUGGUAAAAAAAAAAAAAAAAAAGAAAA